UAAAACCUAUGGCACAGUUUUAUGCUUUCAAUUUAACUUGUGCAUUAAUUUAGUAUAUUUAAAAAAUAACCAUGAUGAACAUUUUAUUUUAUUGUAUUUUUACGAUUUUAAUAUUUGCUGGAGAUGCAAGACCUUCAAUCCACGGAAGAAUAAUAGGAGGAGAAAGUACUACAAUUGAAGAAUUCCCAUACCAAGUGGCAGUGGAAGUAGAUAGACAGCAAGUUUGUGGUGCAUCUAUUCUUAAUUCCACAGUCAUUUUAACUGCUGCACAUUGUGUAGAGAAUAUUCCAAACAAAUCAAUAAGAAUUCGAGCUGGAACAACCAAAAGAGAAAAAGGAGGUGUACUCCGAAACGUCGAUGCGAUAAUCAUGCAUGAAUUAUAUAAUACAACAACAAUAGAUUAUGAUGUGUCUUUGAUUGUGCUUACAGAACCAUUAGAAUUUUCAUCAGCAAUUUCACCUGUUACACUUCCUAACGAAGAUGAAUAUUUGGAUGCGCCAGAAACAGGCGUUGUCACUGGUUGGGGAGUUAUCGAUGGGCCUUUGUUUCCAAAACAAUUGCAAAAAGUGUAUUUAGAUAUUUUUACACAAAAAAGAUGUAGUGAAAUUUAUUCAGAGAACGUCAUUACUUUAGUCACUCCAAGAAUGAUCUGUGCCGGUGUAAAUGGGGAAGGUGACAGAGGUAUUUGUGGUGGGGAUUCUGGAGGGCCAUUAGUUUCUCAAAAUAAGUUACAUGGUAUUGCAUCCUGGAGUCAAAUAUGCGGUGGAAAUACACAUCCUGCUAUUUUUACGCGCGUAACAGCAAUACGACAAUGGAUUCGAGCGAAAGUUAAUUUAUAAAAAACUUUUUAUUAAAUACUGAUGUCAGUAGAUUUUAAAUGCUCAAGUUUACAUGUUUUUUUUGCUUAAGUUUGCGUUUCAUUUGUUUUUUAAAGUUGUAUUUUUGUUGUAUAGGGUCUGAUAAUAAAAAGCAUUAUGUAUUAAAAACA